CGUGUCUCCAUAGCAACCGCUCCAUCUGAUUGCCCCUCCCCGCUCCCAGAGGCCACUAGUGCGCAGGCCCGCUUGAUGACGUCACUACGCCGUGCAGGCUCUCAGGCGCCGGAAGUGAGCUGCGCGGCGCCGGAAGCGGCGGACGCAGGAGGCCUCGUGGAGGACACAGCAGCAUGGGCCAGUCAGGGAGGUCCCGGCACCAGAAGCGCGCCCGCGCCCAGGCACAGCUCCGCAACCUCGAGGCCUAUGCCGCGAACCCGCACUCGUUCGUGUUCACGCGGGGCUGCACGGGUCGCAACAUCCGGCAGCUCAGUCUGGACGUGCGGCGGGUCAUGGAGCCGCUCACUGCCAGCCGUCUGCAGGUUCGUAAGAAGAACUCGCUGAAGGACUGCGUGGCAGUGGCUGGGCCCCUCGGGGUCACACACUUUCUGAUCCUGAGCAAAACAGAGACCAGUGUCUAUUUUAAGCUGAUGCGCCUCCCAGGAGGCCCCACCUUGACCUUCCAGGUCAAGAAGUACUCGCUGGUGCGUGAUGUGGUCUCCUCCCUGCGCCGGCACCGCAUGCACGAGCAGCAGUUUGCCCACCCACCCCUCCUGGUACUCAACAGCUUUGGCCCCCAUGGCAUGCAUGUGAAGCUCAUGGCCACCAUGUUCCAGAACCUGUUCCCCUCCAUCAAUGUGCACAAGGUGAACCUGAACACCAUCAAGCGCUGCCUCCUCAUCGACUACAACCCCGACUCCCAGGAGCUGGACUUCCGCCACUACAUCAAAGUCGUUCCUGUGGGCGCGAGUCGUGGGAUGAAGAAGCUUCUCCAGGAGAAGUUCCCCAACAUGAGCCGCCUGCAGGACAUCAGCGAGCUGCUGGCCACGGGCGCAGGGCUGUCGGAGAGCGAGGCAGAGCCUGACGGCGACCACAACAUCACAGAGCUGCCUCAGGCUGUCGCCGGCCGUGGCAACAUGCGGGCCCAGCAGAGUGCAGUGCGGCUCACCGAGAUCGGCCCGCGGAUGACACUGCAGCUCAUCAAGGUCCAGGAGGGCGUCGGGGAGGGCAAAGUGAUGUUCCACAGUUUUGUGCGCAAGACAGAGGAGGAGCUGCAGGCCAUCCUGGAAGCCAAGGAGAAGAAGCUGCGGCUGAAGGCGCAGAGGCAGGCCCAGCAGGCCCAGAACGUGCAGCGCAAGCAGGAGCAGCGGGAGGCCCACAGGAAGAAGAGCCUGGAGGGCAUGAAGAAGGCACAGGUCGGGAGUGGUGAUGAAGAGGCCUCUGGGAUCCCUUCAAGGACAGCGAGCCUGGGGUUGGGUGAGGACGAUGAUGAACAGGAAGAUGAUGACGUCGAGUAUUUCUGCCAGGCGGUGGGCGAGGCGCCCAGUGAGGACCUGUUCCCCGAGGCCAAACAGAAACGGCUCACCAAGUCUCCAGGGCAGAAGCGGAAGCGGCGGGAAAUGGAUCGAGGCAGGGGUCGCCUUUGUGACCAGAAGUUUCCCAAGCCCAAGGACAAGCCCCAGGGAGCCCAGGCCAGGCGGGGGCCCAGAGGGGCUUCCCGGGAUGGUAGGCGAGGCCAGGGCCGGGGCCACCCACGGAAGAGAGUGGCCUGAGCCCAAGCCGCACCGGAGCAGCGGAUGGAUUGAACGCCCCAGAUUGGGGCCCGAGACGUGGCCCUCGGUUUCCUUUCAUAAAGGAGUUGUGUCCCCAACCUUUCCACUCCAAUAAAGAACUGAACUGGCAA